GAAAUGUAAGAAAUGUUAUGAAUCUCACCUUAUACUUAAAAAUUAUAAAUGAAUAUGUAUAAAAACCUUUUGUAUUAAUGAAUUAAAAACUAGAAACUAUCAUCAACUUUGUGGUUAUGCUGUUACUUAUCUGACAAUUGCCGUUUUUUACGAGAAAACGAAUUUAAAGAGGUUACUGCAGUUGAGUGUUCAACAUGAAGUUGGAUUGCUUUAUAAACGGCUGCCGCGAAAGCCGGCGGCUCAUUUCGAUCCAACCAACGAUGUCGGAGGUUGCUAACAGCGGGCCAGUUAACGACAAUUGUUUGUUCGAUAUGGACGCGUGCUAUGAAACGUUUGACAAGGAUGGAGACGGCAAGCUGAACUUCGAAGAGUUCCGUCUGAUAUGCAAGGCUUUGUUCCGCAACGACAAGGGCCACAUCUACCCGCUGGCGGAGGAACGUGCGCGUCACAUAUUCCAAGUGUUUGACAAGAACGGUGACGGGUUCAUCGAUAAGGAGGAGUUCACCUUCUGCUGGAACCAUUGGAUUAAAGUGAUAGUGCGUCCUGUGAGCGCUUUCCUGAUCGUGGACGUACAGAACGAUUUCAUCUCCGGAACUCUCAACAUCAGCAACUGCAACGCUCAGCAGGAUGGCAGCGAGGUGGUGGAGCCGAUCAACCGUCUCCUGGAUACGGUUCCCUUCGACGCGGUGUUCUACUCGCUGGACUGGCAUCCCCCAGACCACGUGUCCUUCAUAGACAACGUGCACAUGCGAGAACUGCAUCCCUCCAGUCCGGUGUCUGCGGAUAAAGCGCAGGCGUAUGACACUGUAGUGUUCGCGGGCCCGCCGCCGAUGAAACAACGCCUGUGGCCGCGACACUGCGUGCAGGACACCUGGGGCGCCGACCUGCACAAGGACUUAAAGGUGGUUGAAGGUGCAGUAAAGGUGUACAAAGGCACCAACCCGGAGGUGGACUCGUACUCCGUGUUCUGGGACAACAAGAAGCUGGCCGACACCAGCCUCAUCUCGCAGCUGCGCUUGCGCAACGCCACAGACAUCUACAUCUGCGGCCUCGCCUACGACGUCUGCGUCGGUGCAACGAUAGCGGACGCUUUAGCCAUCGGUUAUCGAGCGAUACUGAUCGACGACGCCAGCCGGGGCGUCGACCUGGCGGACAUCGAAAGCACCAAGUCUACCAUCAUCAACAACAACGGAGUCAUCAUCACCUCGCAAGAGGUAGCAGCUAUGGUGGAUGGAAGAGACAGGCGGCCGGAACUCGGCUACAAACUAGCAAUGGAACUAAAAAACGCGAUGGAGGAUAAACAGUGAAUUAGAAAAUACAAGGAGCAAGCACUUUCAAAACACAAAUAAAACUGGCCACAAUCGCUCUUGAAACGCGAUAAUGAUCUUUAUUGCUAACAAUGAACAACGUAGAAUCGCAUACGUAAGUUUCUCCUGUAAUAUUUAUUUUAGAUUCUUGCCUUUUGCAUUAAUUUUUCAUUGCGUAAACUUGAGUUUAUCUACCAUAAUCUCAAAAAUUCAUAAAAGACUAAGUUUACUUCGUACAUGGUGCUGAAAAGAUAUCUACAGUAGAAUCCGUUUAAUAUGAUCACGCCUAAUACGAUUUCUCGCAUAAUACGCCAUUUUGCGUCAGUCCCUGCAACUUGAGACAUGUUUUCAUACAUUUCUUAACGCUUAAUACGAUUCAUCAUCCCGUUUAAUACGCCUAAAUCG